CUGGGAGGAAGGCGAGAGGAUGGCAGCAACAAGUCCUGCGCGCAAGCGGGCUGCAAGUCCUAGCCGCGGUGCCGCCGCCGCCGCCGCCGCCUUGGGCUGCGCCCGCCCCCUCGACUAAGGGCGUGGCCAGGAGAGCGGCGCUGCGCUGGUGGCGCGGGAGAAACUUGGCACAGUCGCGUCCGGUGGGCUCCAGUGACCUCCGCUCAGCCAUGCAGGACUGCACACUCCUGAUUGGAUGACCAGCAUGUUUCUAGCAGCUGAAGCAUCUCGGCCUGUGCUGUUGUUCUGGUCUCAAGCCCUCUUCUGCCUCCUCUUCUGCGCCCCUUCCGGUUGUUGUACCUCCUGCCCAGACCAGUGCCAGUGCACCAACUACUCGGGAGCCACAGCUGUUCUGUGCAGUGCUAGCAACCUAGAUGAAAUUCCAAAAGAUAUUCCCAAGGACACCAUGUUUUUGAAACUGGAUGCCAAUAAGAUCACCUCUGUCCCUAACAGCACAUUCAGGCACCUCGCCCACUUGCAGGAGAUAGACCUCUCCAAAAAUGCCAUUGAGAAGAUUGAUUCUGCAGCGUUCAAAGGGGUUGCCGAUGGCCUGCGGCUGCUUGACCUCUCUGGCAACCACAUCCAGAGGAUCCCAAAGGAAGCCCUGGUCAACUUAAAUGCCAUGAUCCGCCUGUCCAAUAACCCCUGGCACUGUGAAUGUACUCUGCAGGAAGUCUUGUGGGAAGUGAAACUAGACCCUGAUUCAGUCAACGAGAUCACCUGCCAGACAUCUGUGCAAGAGGAGUACGCUGGGAAACCACUGCUCCAUAUCCUCGAUUCGGGCAUCAACUUUUGCAACAUGCACCAGAAAACCACGGAUGUUGCCAUGUUUGUUACCAUGUUCAGCUGGUUUACUUUAGUCAUCAGCUAUGUGGUGUACUAUGUUCGGCACAACCAAGAGGACACAAAGAAGCACCUGGAAUAUCUGAAAUCCCUGCCUAGCACAAGGGUCCCUAAAGAGACCAUCAGCACUAUCCUGUAGCCAGGAAUGUUGAUCCUUGGCUGGACUUCCAGUUUUCUAUGUAGGAAAGAAUGUUGGGAGGGACUUGGGACAUUUAUGUCCAACUAGUUCUGCAACAACUUUUUUUUUAACAAAAACAAACCAACAGUUUAAUAGAAAAUGAAAACUUGUUGUUAUAUAAAUAUAGGAAGAGUGUCCAAGCCAAGGUUCCCAUGUUCUGUGCCAUAUUACCAGCAGAAGGAUUCCAGCAGAAAACUAGAGAUAAGGAGAUCUGCUUUCUAGGGGAACUUUAGGACAAUGGACGGUUGAUAUGAGAUGUUUACAAUCAGAAUUUGAUUCUGUGGGAGAAACCCCAAAGCCCUGCAGUGUCUAGAACUUGGUGGCUCCGAAAAUGCUUUUGAUUUCAAUGGGAAGUAUGUACAUGGUUGACCUUUACUUGAUUCUUUGGGACGCUGCAAACACACUCUCUCAGGAGUUUUUGGAACCACACAAAGUCCUUUCUCUCAAAUCGGUAAAUUGUGCAAGCAUGCACACGCAUAGAUUCAUGUACAUGAGCAGGAAUUAUGUUUGAUGUAAGCGUGCUUGUGUUGCAAAGCUGAAGAGGGUAUGUGCUUCCUUUGGGCUUACGUAUUACAUGGCAUUUGGAGUCUGCACCUCUUCACUCUUUGUUAGGUUACUAACCUAUUUUCAUGGUGACCACUAUUAAGGUGAGCAUUGAAUAUAAUCAGAGAGGACAAUUUUAAGCAUAUAUUAUGUAAUGAACGAGCCUGAACAGGCUUCUUCCACAGAAAGGGAGGAAGGAAGCACGUGACUGAAAAUGCUUAUUUCUAAAUAUGCCUCUUUCUCAUAUUUCAAACCCACCCCACUUCCUCAAGGGUGGUCCUAAGAUGUAGCUGGUGCUGGAAUUUAGUAAGGCGGAAAAGUGGGGUAUGGAGUAUAUGUAAACCAAACAAAAAUUAGGGGGCACAUGGCAGUGGCAAGUUGCUACACUCAACAUGUCUUUCCAGCUGACAAAAAUUCCUAGGCAACGCAGCUCAUUUGCUGAAACAAUAAACAGUAAGGAAAUAAAAUUUCAAGUGGUUCCUCAAACUGUUAAAAUAAUCUCAGCUGCUGCAGUAUUCAAAGCUCCAAUAGCCUUUUUGGAAAAAUGGAUAUAGCUACAUGCAUGUUUGUUGAGACUCUGUUUCUGCAGUACACACGAUCCAAUUUAAUAGUACUCUGGCAAUUAACAGCCAAAAUAAAAAAGAGGGAUAACAUAAUGCCAAAAGAACAGGAUCUUAGGGCCGCUUUCAGAUGAUCUCUUUAUGCACAUUUGCUAUUCAGCUGUUGUGCCCAUGACUUCCUCAAGAUUGGGUUGCAGGGAUAUCUCUCAGCCCAACACUCAGAACUGCUAUGUUACAUUACUGGCGGAACACAAAUCAUCCUUCUGUUAGCACACACAUUGCUACUGGGAUGUCCUUGUAGUAUGCAGUUGUGUAUCACAGACAACUUGUGCCUGUGACAUCACUCAUGAUGCAUUACACAAAUGCCUGUUUUGUGAACUUUAUAUUGGGUGGCUGUGUGCUCUUUGGGUUCCAUUGCCACUACAGUGGAGUGCCCAUCCUGUGCUACUUUAAAAAGGAAUGUUUGGACUUCUUCACACGUUGCUUUUUCAAAAAAGGUUGGCACUGUCUAAGAUUCCCUCACCUGACCAUUUGCUCUUCAGUUUCAGGAGCACUGCUACUGCUGCUGCCUAUAAAGAUUUUUAGACACUUCAGAAAGAUUAAAAAACAAUACAGUCCCUGCCUAUAGGGUACAUUUGAAAAAGGGGAUGGGCAUAAAACAGCAAAUUAAGGACUUUGAGGCACUUUCAAAAUUUACACUAAUGUUUAAUGACCAAGUGGAGUGGCUAUUAAGAGUGUGUUCCAGAAAUGGAGAAGCCAAUUGACAGUUUGUCAUAGCCAAGCUGAAGUAUGGAGUGGAUAUAUUUUACUGGAUUUUAUUUGUCUACAGUCAUACCUCAGGUUGCGAACGCUGUGGGUUGUGCGUUUUCAGGUUACGGACCGCACUGAACGUGGAAGUACUGGAAUGGUUUACUUCAAGGUUUCAGUGCUCGCGCAUGCACAGCAGCACAAAAUGACGUCACACGCAUGCACAGAAGUGCCGAAUCGCGUCACGCGCGUGCACAGACGCGGCGCUGCAGGUUGCGAACGUGCCUCCCGUACAGAUCACAUUCGCAAUCCGAGGUAUGACUGUAUUUACUGUAUUUUUCUGUGUAUAAGAUGCCCCCUAUUUUGGGGGACUCCAAAUUAAGAAAACACCCCUCAGCACUACCCAUGUAAAAGAUGAGCCCCAAUUUUAAACCUAAUUUUGUGGUUAAAAAAACCACCCUUGUCUUAUACACGGAAAAAUACGGUAAUUUUCUUGCUGAGUGUGACUCCCCCCCCCCCCCGCAGAUACAGUGCUAGAGCACUCCUACUGCACAUUUUUAAAGAAGUUGUAUAUCCUUUCCCUGACAAGAUGAUUACCUGCAUCCAUUAUACAUAAGGAUGACAUAUUAUGCUGUUGAUGCUGGAUCAGAGCUAAUGCAAGCACAAUGGAUAAAAUCUGGUAUGUUGUG